AUGGUGACGCUACGUGGUAGACCUGAUGGCAGUUUUGGUGCCGGCGAGGGAUCAGGCUCAAACUUUGGAGCCGGGCAACUCGAUGGUCAGAUGAGGGAGUUCAUUCCAUCCGAGAUUAUGCACGAUAUCAUUUACCACACUCCUGUGAUCUUAGAAGCGGUCAAGGAGGGCAUUUUGGAGAUUCAUGAUGAGAAGUUGAGCUCAUUCUGCAAUGAGAUGGCGACCAUGAUAAGGACGCGUACAUUAACGUUUUGGGAGUUCAGAGCUUGUGAAGCUCCAUAUUAUCAUGGAGAUAGGGACCCCAUUGCUAGCAGCAGAUGGUUGGUAGAUGUCGCCAACGUUUUGCGUAGCAGCCGUUGUCCCGAGAGGGACAAGGAUUCUGGGCAGAGUUUGCCUAGGCGAUUAAGGCGCAACAGUUGGCGUGAGAGUUUCUGGAUCUCCGCCAGACUAUUGAGACUGUGGAAGAGAUCACUGCCAAGUUUCAGGAGAGAACUUAUCUGGUGGGCAAGGAGUCACAAGGUAGUGAAAAUGACAUCAACUAGUGGUGUGGGACGACUCUUCACCCGGAGCAUUGCAAGCAUUCUCUCGGCGGAAACAACUCUCAACCGCCACAAAGUACAGAUUUGUUUUUCUGGUUCCGGCGAACUGAAUUUGACAAACUUUGUAGCUCCUAUCAAAACCAGUAACUUGACGAAGAUGAUAAGCAAUAGUUUGGCUAUAAAUCAGUACUUCCUGAAGCAAACACAGGCUUCUGAAAAAGUGGAGGACUUUCCGACAUGGGUUACAAGUAAAGAUCGGAAACUGCUACAAACGGGGUCAAUCUACUCUUGGGCGAAUGUCACGGUGUCUCAGGCGAAAGGAAGCAAGUUCCGAACAAUUCAAUCGGCACUCGAUCAUGCAACAAGUAUUAAACGUGGAGAUGGGAGAUAUAUCAUCUACAUAAAACGAGGUGUUUAUAAGGAGAAUAUUGAUAUUGGAAAUGAUCUGAAAAACAUCAUGUUUCUUGGCGAUGGAUUGAGGUACACCAUAAUUACCGGUGAUCGGAGUGUCGCCGGAAGUUUCACAACUUAUAGCUCCGCAACCGUAGGUGUGGAUGGUACAGGAUUUAUUGCUCGUGGAAUAACAUUCCGGAAUACCGCAGGCCCAGAAAAGGCCCAAGCAGUUGCAUUCCGGUCGGCAUCGGAUCUUUCUGUCUUCUAUGCUUGUAGCUUUGAAGGUUAUCACGACACUUUAUUUGUCCUAGCUCAACGGCAAUUCUACAAACUUUGCUAUGUUUAUGGCACAAUCAAUUUCAUAUUUGGAAAUGCAGCAGUUGUGUUUCAAAACUGCAUGAUUUUAGCAAGAAAACCUUUGAAUGGACAAGCAAAUAUGAUAACAGCUCAAGGUCGUGGUGAUCCGUUCCAAAACAUGGGAAUAUCAAUUCAUAAUUCUCGUGUUAUGGCAACAUCUGACUUGAAGCCUUUGGUAGGGUCGGUCCAAACAUUCUUGGGCCCUUGGCAAGAAUAUUCUAGGAUUUUUUACAUGAAAACAUUUAUCGAUACACAUGUCAAUCCACAAGGAUGGUCACCAUGGGGGAAUACUGAUUUUGCAUUUAAGACAUUGUAUUUUGGUGAAUAUGCGUGCUUUGGGCCCGAUGCAACUACAGAAAAGAGAGUCGACUGGCCUGGAUACCAUGACAUAAAGACCCAAAGCGACACGUCACAAUUUAAUGUAGAAAAUCUUAUAUCAGGUCGAGGUUGGUUGCGGGCUACCGAAAUUCCAUUUAUUGUCGGGUUGUGA